CACUCUUACUCACUUCUUCACUCUCUCUCUCUACUUUUCCGCUUCCUCCACUUUUUUCCUCAUCCUUUCCUCGCUCUUACCUCAUUCUCUCUUGCUUUUCUCUGCUUUUCGCCACGCUUUCAUCGUACAAUCACAAUCUCUCCAUCGCUUCGAGUUUCUGUUCCCAGAUUUUUAAACCCUAAUCAGAGGCAAUGCCGUUUCUGUUUUUGUCUUUCAAUUUUACUGGCUUCUGUUUCUGUUUCUAGAUCUACUUCACUGUCCCCCCACUAAACCCCUUUUCUCAAAUUUUGAGCUUUCAGUGUUUUCUCUUUCUUAUGUCAUUUCACACUGUUUGCACUUAGAUCGAGAGCGUGGGAGCUUGGAUUCUUGCUAAACAACCUGCAUUUCGUGCCAGAUCCAAGUACGAGUGCGCCUUCGAGAGAGAGUUCUCGUAAUUGUAUCCCUUUUGAAAUCAUUUCUUGUUUUGUGAUGGCUGAAUCAGGUUACUUGUGCUAGAUUUAUGAGCACAAGCUCUUUAACUUAUAAUGGAGGAACCAUCAGUGCCAUCUAUCGAAGAGCUGGUGACGAAGGUUCAAAAUUCAGUGGAAGAAUCCUCUGUUACUUCAGUGGAGACCAAGAAGAAGGUUACAAAAACGACUAAACCUACUAUUGCUGCAACCUCAAGCCUCUUAGCUCCAACUGGUUCUAUUAGAAAGAAAACUGAACCAAAAAGCAGUUUGCAUUCAAGUUCAAAUGUGACCAAAACAAGUUUACCUGCUUCAUCUCCUAAUUUAAAUUCAGUUCCAGGGGCAAGAAGAAAUAGUACUGGAGGAGUGGUAGAGAAAUCAUCUACAAUAAAAAAGCGAAAUAGUGUUGCUAAUGUCACAGGCAAAAAAGCUACUUCUGCAUCAGAUCCAGUUAGGCUGUCUCUUCCAGAGCUUAGAAGAAGUUCCUUGCCUUCAGCUUCUACGAAAUCGCUAACUCUUUCAAGUGUUUCAGAGGCUAGGAAAAUGCUCCCUGUGUCACUUAAGGAUAAUAGUUUAAGGUCAUCCACGGGGUCUAGUAUAAGUAAGUCUGAGAGUUCCAAGAAACCUUCAAUUAAGCCGACAUUGUCGGUCUCUUCCUCCUCAAAAAGGCUUCCUUCUACAUCAUUGGACAGUGCUGGCAGUCGUGUGAGUAGGAAGACAGUUUCACAGGUUUCUUCACCAUCAGCUAGCUCCCCUUCAGUCUCUAGUGGAUUGAGAACUGGGUCUUUGUCAACAUCUCUGGACAGAAGUUCUAAUUUGUCUGGACGUAGAAGGAUGGGCACUCCUGAAAGCCGAGAUUCUCGAUUCAUUGUUCUUCCGCAGGUGGAGAUUAAGGCCGGUGAUGAUGUGAGAUUGGAUCUUAGGGGUCACAGAGUUCGUAGUCUUAAUGCUAGUGGGUUGAACUUGUCGCCAAAUCUAGAGUUUGUGUAUCUCAGAGACAAUCUUUUAUCUACAUUGGAAGGAAUUGGGAUACUGAAGCGGGUGAAGGUCCUUGAUUUGAGUUUCAAUGAGUUUAAGGGGCCUGGGUUCGAACCUCUUGAAAAUUGCAAGGCUUUACAGCAACUUUAUCUUGCUGGUAACCAAAUCACAUCACUUGUAAGUCUUCCUCAGCUUCCUAACUUGGAGUUUCUCUCUGUUGCUCAAAAUAAAUUGAAGUCACUUUCAAUGGCAAGUCAACCUAGACUACAGGUAUUAGCUGCCAGCAAAAACAAAAUAACAACUCUAAAGGGUUUCCCAUAUCUACCGGUCCUUGAGCAUUUACGAGUUGAGGAGAAUCCUAUACUUAAGAUGCCCCAUUUAGAAGCAGCAUCCAUUUUGUUGGUUGGUUCUACAUUGAAAAAGUUUAAUGAUAGAGAUCUUUCUCGGGAAGAGGUGGCUAUUGCAAAGCGUUAUCCACCUUGCACAGCGUUGUGCAUUAGAGAUGGUUGGGAGUUUUGUCGUCCUGAGAAUGCGGCAGAUUCAACUCUACGUUUUCUUUUUGAGCAAUGGAAAGAUCAUUUCCCCCCAGGUUAUGUACUCAAGGAUGCCUUUGUUGAUCAACCUUUUGAAGAAGAUGCUUGCCGCUGCCACUUUGCUUUUGUCCAAGACAGCACUAUGAUCACUGAUCAGCAACUUGUGUUAAAAUAUCAAUGGUUUGUGGGAGAGAGACCACUUUCAAAUUUUGUUGCUAUUCCUGAUGCCAUCGGAGAGGUCUACUGGCCAAAGUAUGAAGACAUUGAUAAAUGUCUAAAGGUGGAAUGCACUCCUAUCCUAGGAGAGACACAGUAUCCUACAGUUUUUGCCAUAUCUUCACCGGUUUUACGAGGAAGUGGAAUUCCAAAGGUUGUGAACCUUGAAGUGCAUGGGAGUUUAGUGGAAGGAAAUGUCAUCAGAGGCUAUGCUGAGGUUGCAUGGUGUGGUGGGACUCCUGGAAAAGGUGUUGCCAGUUGGUUAAGGAGAAGAUGGAAUAGUAGCCCAGUGGUUAUUGCUGGUGCAGAAGAUGAGGAGUAUCAACUAACUUUAGAUGACAUUGAUUCGAGUUUGGUUUUCAUGUACACACCAGUCACAGAGCAAGGUGCCAAAGGGGAACCUCAGUAUAAAUAUACUGAUUUUGUUAAGGCAGCUCCUCCAUCAGUUAGUAAUGUCCAAAUUGUUGGUGAUGUUAUUGAAGGAAGUGUAAUCAAAGGAGUCGGAGAGUACUUUGGGGGACGAGAAGGUCCCAGUAAGUUUGAAUGGUUGCGCGAGAAUAAUGAAACUGGCAGAGGCUUUCAAUUGGUUUCAAUGGGUACAUCAGAAUACACUUUGACUAAAGAAGAUGUAGGCAGAUGCAUUGCUUUUGUUUAUAUACCCAUUAAUUUUGAAGGGCAGGAAGGGGAAUCUGUGUUGAUACUGUCUUCUGUGGUGAGGCAAGCACCUCCAAAUGUAACAAAUGUUGAGAUAAUCGGUGAUAUAAGGGAAAGCAAUAAAGUUACUGUAACUGGUAUUGUUUCUGGAGGAACUGAAGGUUCUAGCAGAGUCCAGUGGUUUCGAACAAGUUCUUCAACAUUGGACAGUGAGAAUGGCCUUGAAGCAUUGAGUGCAUCCAAAAUUGCAAAGGCAUUCCGCAUACCUUUAGGAGCUGUUGGCUGUUAUAUUGUUGCAAAAUAUACUCCCAUGACUCCAGAUGGGGAAUCUGGUGAACCGGUAUAUGCUAUAUCUGAAAGAGCAGUUGAGACUCUUCCCCCAAGCCUAAAUUUUUUAUCUAUCACUGGAGAUUAUGUUGAAGGAGGCAUGUUGACAGCAUCGUAUGGCUAUAUAGGUGGUCAUGAAGGAAAAAGUGUGUAUAAUUGGUAUCUUCACGAGGCUGAAACAGACUCUGGUACUUUGAUACCUGAGGGUUCAGGAGUUCUUCAAUAUCGUGUUACCAGAGAUACAGUAGGUAAAUUCAUAUCUUUCCAAUGUGUCCCUGUGCGUGAUGAUGGGAUUGUAGGCGAGCCAAGAACUUUCAUGGGACAGGAACGGGUUCGACCUGGAAGUCCGAGGUUGCUCUCUCUACAAAUAGUUGGAAGUGCUGUUGAGGGAACUCCAUUAAGUGUGGACAAAAAGUAUUGGGGAGGUGAAGAAGGAGAUUCAGUUGUCCGUUGGUUUCGGACUAGUCCAGAUGGCACUCAAAAUGAAAUUCGUGAUGCUACUGCUAUGUCAUACAUGCUUUCAAUUGAUGAUAUUGGAUUCUUUAUUUCGGUUUCAUGUGAGCCUGUCAGAAGUGAUUGGGCCCGUGGUCCUGUAGUUGUUUCUGAAAAAAUUGGACCUAUCAUUCCUGGCCCACCAACUUGUCGGUCUCUAGAGUUUCUAGGGUCAAUGAUGGAAGGACAGCGUCUAAGCUUUGUUGCUUCUUACAGUGGAGGGGAGAGAGGAAAUUGUUUCCAUGAAUGGUUUAGAGUCAGAAGUGAUGGUGUUAGGGAGAAGUUAAGUGCUGAUGAGUUUCUGGAUUUGACUUUAGAGGACGUGGGAAAGUGCGUUGAACUUGUUUAUACUCCAAUGCGCAAAGAUGAUGUGAAAGGAAAACCUAGGAGCAUAAAAUCGAAUGUGAUUGCACCAGCGGAUCCUAUGGGGUUGGAACUUGUGAUUGGCAAUUGCUGUGAGGACAGGGAAGUGAUCCCACGAAAGACUUACUUUGGUGGACAGCAAGGUGUUGGAGACUAUAUUUGGUACAGAACGAAAGAUAAGCUACAUGAAUCUGCAUUGAUGGAUGUAUUUACUGCCUGUGAGGAUGUUCUCAUAUGCAGUAAAGAAUUGAGAUACACUCCAUCACUUGAUGAUGUGGGUGCUUACUUGGCCUUAUGUUGGCUGCCCACUCGUGCAGAUGGCAAAUGUGGAAAACCGUUAGUUGCAAUCUCCAACUCUCCAGUUAACCCAGCUCUUCCAGUUGUUUCUAAUGUUCAAGUGAAAGAGUUGCAUCCUGGUGUUUAUUCUGGAGAAGGAAAAUACUUUGGUGGAUACGAGGGGGCAAGCCUUUUCAGCUGGUACAGAGAAACUAGCGAUGGUACCAUCAUUCUUAUUAAUGGUGCUAACUCUAGAACUUAUGAAGUCACAGAUGCAGAUUACAAUUGCAGAUUGUUGUUUGGGUAUACGCCAGUUCGUUCAGAUUCAGUUGUGGGAGAACUCAAAUUGUCCGAGUCAACUGACAUAAUUCUCCCAGAGCUUCCAAAAGUGGAAAUGCUUGCUCUCACUGGAAAUGCGAUUGAAGGUGUUGUACUCACUGCCGUCGAAGUAAUACCAAAGAGUGCAAUGCAACAAUCUGUUUGGAGCAAGUACAAGAAGGAUGUCAAAUAUCAAUGGUUCUGUUCAUCAGUAAUAGGAGAUAGAGACUCCUUCGAGCCCCUACCUUCACAGCAUUCCUGCUCUUACAAGGUGCGACUAGAGGACGUUGGUAGAAGCUUGAGAUGUGAAUGCAUUGUGACUGAUGUGUUUGGAAGGUCAAGUGAGCUGGCGUAUGCUGAGACUGCUGCUGUUUUGCCAGGGAUUCCUCGAAUUGAUAAACUAGAGAUCGAAGGGAGGGGCUUUCACACAAACUUGUAUGCUGUUCGAGGCAUUUAUAGUGGAGGAAAGGAGGGCAAAAGUAGAAUACAAUGGCUUAGGUCAAUGGUUGGUAGUCCUGAUCUGAUCUCCAUACCAGGAGAGAUAGGAAGGAUGUAUGAAGCUAAUGUUGAUGAUGUCGGGUAUAGGUUGGUGGCUGUUUAUACUCCUGUUAGAGAGGAUGGCGUUGAGGGACAGCCUGUGUCUGCAUCCACAGAGCCAAUUGCAGUUGAGCCUGAUGUUCUUAAAGAAGUAAAGCAGAAGCUUGAACUUGGAUCUGUGAAGUUUGAGGCAUUGUGUGACAAGGACCUUUCUCUCAAAAAGGUUCCAGGAGAGGGGAGUCUUGAGAGAAGAAUUCUAGAGGUUAAUAGGAAAAGAAUCAAAGUAGUGAAGCCAGGCUCUAAGACUUCUUUUCCAACCACUGAAAUUCGUGGAAGUUAUGCUCCUCCCUUUCAUGUUGAACUUUUCCGGAACGACCCACAUCGGCUUAAGAUUGUAGUGGACAGUGAAAAUGAAGUAGAUAUAAUGGUUCAUUCCAGGCAUCUGAGGGAUGUUGUUGUUCUGGUGAUCAGAGGCCUUGCUCAGCGAUUCAAUAGUACAUCUCUCAACUCUCUCCUCAAAAUAGACACAUAGCUUUAAGCUAUGUAAUGUAAAGUGAAUUCAUUAGCAUAUUCAUUUGUAGGUUUUUCAGUUCAUCACUUUCUACCACAUUUAACUCUUUCCUUUUUCCUUAUGGAUGUUGUCAUGUUCAGUUUUGUGUGUAAUAUGUGUUGAAAAGGCUGAAGAUGUCAAAAAUAUCUGUAUAUUGUUAUAUGAAUGAUUGUUCUGAGAAAUGUUUGGCUUGAAAUGAGCAAGUUCACACGGAAGAAGCACAGAGGAAAUUCACUC